AUGCUUCGAUUCCGGCUGGGAACGGCGCCCGGCAGAGCCAGGGCUCCCCUCAGCUCCCAGGGCAUCGAGGACAGCGGCCGGUGCCACCGGGAUGUCCCGCAGCCCCUGGGGAGAAGCCAGGACGGUGCCAGCGAUCCCGCAUGGGAUCCAAAGCCGCAGGCGCCGGGACGUUCCCGCUCGCACCGCGGCCACUCUCCCUGCUCCAAGGCGUCGCCGCGGUGCCGGAGCCCGCGGAGCAGCAGGGAAGGAAGCAAGGGGCUGUACCGGGAGACGAUCCGCAAGGAGAGCGAUUGCACGGAAUGGCGGGACACAGUCCCUGCGGAUGGAGCGGAGUCCAGCAAGCGGCGGGAAGGGGCUCGGGGGCGUCGAGACAGCAGGAUCCUCGACAUGGACGUGAAGCUGGGCCAGGUGACCAUCCGCAACCCGCGCGCCGCGCCGGGGGAGCUGCCCAAGACCUUCACGUUCGACGCCGUCUACGACGCGAGCUCCAAGCAGGCGGACCUGUACGACGAGACGGUGCGGCCGCUCAUAGACUCGGUGCUGCAGGGCUUCAACGGCACCAUCUUCGCCUACGGGCAGACGGGCACCGGCAAGACCUACACGAUGCAGGGGGCCUGGGCCGAGCCGGAGAAGAGGGGCAUCAUCCCCAUCUCCUUUGAGCACAUCUUCACCCACAUCUCGCGCUCGCAGAACCAGCAGUACCUCGUGAGGGCCUCCUACCUGGAGAUCUACCAGGAGGAGAUCAGAGACCUCCUCGCGAAGGACCAGAACAAGAAGCUGGAGCUGAAGGAGAACCCCGAGACGGGGGUCUACAUCAAGGACCUCUCCUCCUUCGUGACGAAAAACGUCAAGGAGAUCGAGCACGUCAUGAACCUGGGGAGCCAGACGCGCUCGGUGGGCAGCACCAACAUGAACGAGUACAGCUCGCGCUCCCACGCCAUCUUCCUCAUCACCAUCGAGUGCAGCGAGACGGGGCUGGACGGCGAGGAGCACAUCCGCGUGGGCAAGCUCAACCUGGUGGACCUGGCGGGCAGCGAGCGCCAGAGCAAGAUGGGCGCCCACGGGGAGCGCCCCAAGGAAGCCUCCAAGAUCAACCUGUCCCUCUCCGCCCUGGGCAACGUCAUCUCGGCGCUGGUGGACGGCAAGAGCACCCACAUCCCCUACAGGGACUCCAAGCUGACCCGCCUGCUGCAGGACUCCCUGGGCGGCAACGCCAAGACAAUCAUGGUGGCCACCUUGGGCCCGGCCUCGCACAGCUACGACGAGAGCCUCUCCACCCUCAGGUUUGCCAACAGGGCCAAGAACAUCAAGAACAAGCCGCGGGUGAACGAGGACCCCAAGGACACGUUGCUGCGGGAGUUUCAGGAGGAGAUCGUGCGGCUGAAAGCCCAGCUGGAGAAACGAGGCAUGCUGGGGAAGAAGAGGAGAAGGAGCAGCCGGAGGAAGAAAGCGAUGGACGGAGAGAACACCACGGAGAACGAAGGGGAGGAUGACAAUGAGGAUGGCCUGGAGAAGAACAUGGAGAACUACCUGAAGGAGCAGAAGGAGAGGCUGGAGGAGGAGAAAGCAGCUAUUCAGGAUGACCACAGCCUGGUGAGCGAGGAGAAGCAGAAGCUGCUGGAGGAGAAGGAGAAGAUGAUAGAGGAUCUGCGGAAGGAGCAGGAGGCCACGGAGCUCCUGGCCACCAAGUACAAGCUCUACGCCAAGCUGCAGGCCGUGAAGGCCGAGAUCCAGGACCAGCACGACGAGUACAUCCGGGUCCGCCAGGACCUGGAGGAGGCGCAGAACGAGCAGACGCGGGAGCUCAAGCUCAAGUACUUGAUCAUCGAGAACUUCAUCCCGCCGGAGGAGAAGAACAAGAUCAUGAACCGCCUGUACUUCGACUGUGAGGAGGACCAGUGGAAGUUCCAGCCGCUUGUUCCCGCGGGAGGAAACAGCAACCAAAUGAAGAAGAGGCCAACGUCGGCCGUGGGCUACAAGAGACCCAUCAGCCAGUACGCGCGCGUGGCCAUGGCCAUGGGCUCGCACCCCCGGUACCGGGCCGAGAACAUCAUGUUCUUGGAGCUGGACCUCUCCCCGCCGGCCGUGUUCGAGUUUGAGCGGAGCCGGGACCCGGCCGAGCAGGAUCCCCGCGCUCUGCACCUGGAGAGGCUCAUGCACCUGGACAGCAUCCUGGAGCGGCCGGCAGCCUCCCGCGUGCGGAAGUCCCGGUCCUGCCGUCAGGACGUGUCCCCAGAGCUGGCAGUGACAGCGUUUGUGCUGGGGACGUGUUACAGGAAACGGGUUGUUUCCCGUUUCUAUUUUGAGGCUGUCCAAGGGGAACCCGGGCCGGAAUUUCCAAACGUGGCAGUCUAG